AUGGCUACCACCGUCGCUUCUACAUACACUGCCGCUCACGGCUACCAACCCGACAUGACGUCCGAGUCCAAGGCCUGUGCCUCGUCCAGAAAACCCUCGUCGUCAAGAUCCGCUCAGCGAUGCGAGCAGCAGGACCGAUUCUAUGGCUGCAGAGAAUCCGCCGAGCUUUGCGAACGGUUCAUCCUCUAUCUCUUUGCUUGCCCUCUCGACUCGACAUCGGCUUCGGUAUCUCUGCCAACAACGUCGAGUGGCACCCCAGCUCCACGUCUGUCCGAGUUCAUUGCGUAUGUGCUGUACAGGACUCGACUGCCCGAGGUCAUCACCUUCCAGGCGCUAUUCUUGCUGCUGCGUCUCAAGAUUCGUUUUCCCGCUGCUCGUGGAUCAUCGGGUCACCGUCUCUUCAUUUCUGCGCUCUUGAUCGCUAGCAAGAGCAGUUGUGACGAUAUCUACUCGAACAAGAGCUGGGCCAUCGUGGGUCAGGGUCUCUUCAGUUUGCGCGAGAUCAACCAGAUGGAGCGCGAGCUGUUCGGCUACCUCGGAUACAAGGUUAACGUCUCGCCUGAAGAUCUUGACAUGUUCACCUACGAGCUUGUGCAGGAUGUCGACGGAAGCCGCAUCGACCUCGUCGUGCGCAAGAUUCUCGAGCUCAUGUCGCGUAGAAACAGCGUCGAUGCAACAUCGUCCGAAGUUCAUCGCGAGCGAUCCGAGAGCGUCUCGAGCGUCAAGUCGUCGGCACCACCCACGCCAGCGCUCGAGUCGUCGGGAUUCUCAUCGCCAUCCAUCGACUCGCAUGCCGGUCCUCAGCGCAUCUCUUCGGGACGACACUCGAGACAGUCGAGCUCCUCGCAUUCGUUGAGCGCGCGUGCUGGCAUCACUGGCCACAUUGCUGCCUCCACCUCGACCGCUCCCAUGGCCGCUAGCACUUCGAUGCCCGCUUCAACUCCUAUGUUCAAGAGCGCCAGCCACCGCCAAGAGAGGAGCGCCACCGCACCCAGCUUUAUUCACCCCUUCGUCAACUCUGCUCGCGAAAGAGGCCGUCCUUACACGACGCCUGUCCACAGCAUGCCUCUCUCAUCGUCAACGUCGUCGUCGUCGUCGGCAGCAGCAGCAGCAGCAGCAGCGGCGGCGGCGGCGGCAGGGUACUACUCGAACUCGCCCGCAGCAUCCGUUUCUUGUUCGUCAGUGUGUUCGUCCAUGUCGUACGCUCACUCGAUCGCCAUGUCGGCGACGCCUUCUCCCUAUGCUUCGCGUUCUAUCAUGAGCGGUCGCACUACGCCCGACACACCUAUUUCGGACCUUGACUCGACGCAGUGGGAAGAGUCUUCGCGCUUCUAUGGCGUCGAUCCCAAGAUUGAACUCAGCCCAACGGCGACUGUAGCAUACAAGCUUGCUCAUCAGCAGCCGGUGAACAGCUUCGGUCAGCAUGCUUCGGCGGCGGAUUCGUACCUGCAACCUUACAGCUGGAGGUCGUGA